UUCUAGCAAGCUGUUGCAUUGGGCGGCUUUCUGUUUGUUUGGGCUGUCAUUUUUAUUGAAUUGCACAAAUGAUGAAGUUUACCUGCAUCUCCAGGUUUUUCACCUGCUGCUCGUCUGCCAUGUGCUUUCUCUAGAAGGAUUCAUAUGAAAGUGAAGGCUGAUUGUAGAGCAUCAUGGGAAACACCAGUGAUCGUGUGUCUGCUGAUCGGCAUGGAGCAAAGACGCAGCGGUCAGACAGCGGAGGCCAUAAAGACCUCGAGCCCGGCAAAAUGAUGGACAGCACGGACGACCCUAACAUUUUCAACACACAUGGGCCAGAAUCUAAAGCACCAGGUGAGAAGGACUUCGCCCCAGAUUUAGAUGACAUGGUAAAGACGAGUCCUCAGGCUCGACCCACCGUAAUCCGCUGGGCUGGAGGAGGGAAAGAGGUUUAUAUCACAGGCUCCUUCAACAACUGGAGCAGCAAGAUCCCGCUGAAUAAAAGCCAUAAUGAUUUUGUAGCAAUCUUGGAGCUGCCUGAGGGUGAACAUCAGUACAAGUUCUUUGUUGAUGGCCAGUGGCUUCAUGACCCAUCUGAGCCGGUUGUCACCAGUCAGAUGGGCACUAUUAACAACCUGAUCCAUGUGAAGAAAUCAGAUUUUGAGGUGUUUGACGCACUGCAGGUGGACUCUCUCGAGUGCUCCGAUACGUCAGAUCUGUCCAGCUCUCCACCUGGGCCGUACGGACAGGAAGUGUAUAUGUUCAAACCCGAGGAACGCUUCAAAGCUCCUCCCAUCCUGCCGCCGCACCUGCUACAAGUCAUACUCAACAAAGACACCAACAUAUCAUGUGAUCCUGCCUUGCUGCCAGAACCUAACCAUGUGAUGCUGAAUCAUCUGUAUGCGCUCUCAAUAAAGGAUGGCGUGAUGGUUCUCAGUGCAACUCACCGUUAUAAGAAGAAAUAUGUGACGUCUCUUCUGUACAAGCCUAUUUAACAAGCUCUGGAUGGCACAUAAUUUACAGUCCGCAUCCACUAUAGUCGAGAUUGCACUAUUAACCCGUGAUAUUUACGGUGGAUCUGUUAGCUUGAGACUUCAGCAGUAGUGAGUGUGUGUGUCUUUUAUCUCUGUCAUCACACACAUUCAGGUGCAGCAUUUUGCGAUUGCAAUCUUGAGGGCCAGAUUUUUAUCUGUCCAAAGCGCUUUAUGAAAUACUGUCAAACAGAAUUCAUACAUUUUAAAACUGCAAAACGCACAGAGAGUUUAUAAAUAAAAGUGAGUUCAAGUUGUGAGUUUUAACACAGAUGAACAUUUGAAUGUAAUGUUUCAUUCUAAGCUUUUAUGGUUUAUAGUGUCAUAAUUCAUUUUAUAAACCGAGGGAAAGACAUGCAUGUUUGUGUCUGUUUCCAGAAUAAAAGUGGCGUUUAGUAUUUGAUCCUAACGGAACACUUUAGUAAUUUCACAUCCUUUCAAAUGGAUGUUCUUUGAUUAGAGUUAAGUUAUGAUUUCAACAAAAGAAAACUUUAGGAAUGGACUGAACAGAUAAACAUUUACAGCAGCAUCACAGAACGUCACAAAUAGAUUGUGAACUGUGUGAGUUUGUGGAGUUUUACUGCAUGUGGUUUGAAUUUCAUCUUGAUGCUGUACAGACGAGCACUUUACCUGUGUUUCACUGUGACAGACAAACACGUUUUCUUUAUUUUAUCAAGCAGGAAUGUAUUUUUGCCUCUGUUACAAAUGUUAUUUAUAUGCUACACAGACACUAUAUUGGCCAAAAGUAUGUGGACGUCAAAUAUUAGCUGGCUUGUUCCAGUGGGGUUCAUGUCUCUUCCAGUAAAGAGUAUCUGUGGACGUGUCUUUGUGCUCAGGGUCAUUGUCAUGCUGGAAGAGAAAAGGAUCCUCCACAAUCUUCUGCAGCAAAGUUGGAAACAGAAUUCUUUAGAAUAUUAUUGUAUGUGUAACUUUAAGAUUAAUUUUAGCUAAAAUAGCUGGAAUUGACAUGUUAAUUAAGAAUGGGGCGUCCACAUGUUUUGACCAUAUAAUGUAUGUUUGUCUUUAAAUAUUUUUUGUGUGAAAUGGUUGGCUUUGUUGGUUUUAUCAUUUCUGGCCAUCAUCAAUGUUAAAUGUUGAAACAAAUGUGAUUUGUGGUCUUAUCAGGACCCAACCCUUUUUUAAUAUUGAUGAGGAUGGUAUCGUUUGUUCGUGAGGAUUUGUUUUGUUUGCUGUGAGUUGAAUAUUGUGGUGUUGAAGAUUCAUUCACUCCAAAGAUAACCGUAACUUUAGUUAUAUGAUGCAAGUGUGAUAUCCCAAAUGAUAGAUGCUCAAAAUACGAUUUUCAUGAGGAAAGAGCAACAGCAGCUUUCAGUGCUUUUAUGGGAUAUUUUGAGGGAAAAUCCACUAACUUGAAUUUUUUUUCAUGUGUUGAGCUAUGCAUUAUAGAUGAGUGUAUUGCUUCUAAAAAAAAUAAAUGGAACCAUUCUGGUUGAUUUGA